AUGCAGCAGCCCCACGGCAGUGGGGUCAGGAAAGCCCCCGAGGAGGAGGAUGAUGAUGGUGGUGGUGAGAAGGGGAGCGUGGAUGGUGAUGCCACCAGCAGGAACCCCUACGCGGCGCUGGUGACCAGCCUGAGGGCAACCUGGCUCUCGGGGAAGACACGGCCCAUGGAAUUCCGGGUGGCCCAACUGGAAGCCCUGGGACACUUCUUGGAUGAGAAGAAGCAGGAGAUCCUGGAGGCCACCGCCUUGGACAUGGGCAAGCCCCGCUUUGAAGCCGAAUUCUCCGAGAUCCUUCUCUGCAAGAACGAGCUCCAUGAGACGCUGAACAACCUGUCCCACUGGAUGAAGGAUGAGCACGUGGACAAGAACACGUGUCCCCAUCCCUGCAGCAGGAACCCCUACGCGGCGCUGGUGACCAGCCUGAGGGCAACCUGGCUCUCGGGGAAGACACGGCCCAUGGAAUUCCGGGUGGCCCAACUGGAAGCCCUGGGACACUUCUUGGAUGAGAAGAAGCAGGAGAUCCUGGAGGCCACCGCCUUGGACAUGGGCAAGCCCCGCUUUGAAGCCGAAUUCUCCGAGAUCCUUCUCUGCAAGAACGAGCUCCAUGAGACGCUGAACAACCUGUCCCACUGGAUGAAGGACGAGCACGUGGACAAGAACAUGGCAACCCGACUGGACUCGGCCUUCAUCCGCAAGGACCCCUAUGGGGUGGUGCUCAUCAUCGCACCCUGGAACUACCCCAUCAACCUCGUCCUGGUGCCCCUCAUCGGGGCCAUCGCUGCCGGUAACUGUGUCAUCGUCAAACCCUCGGAGAUGACCAAGAACUCUGAGAAACUGGUGGCUGAAGCACUGCCCAGUUACCUGGACAAAGACUGCUUUGCCGUGGUGACCGGCGGUGCGCAGGAGACUACCAGGCUGCUGGAGAACAAAUUUGACUACAUCUUCUACACCGGCAGCCCCUCCGUGGGGAGGCUCAUCAUGAUGGCAGCUGCCAAGCACCUCACGCCGGUGACGCUGGAGUUGGGGGGCAAGAACCCCUGCUACGUCUCUGACACCUGCGACGUGCAGAACGUGGCCCAACGGGUGGCCUGGGGACGCUUCUUCAACGCGGGACAGACCUGCAUCGCCCCCGACUACGUCCUCUGCAGCCUGGAGAUGCAGGAGAAGCUGCUGGUGGCCCUGAGCAAAGCCGUCAAUGAUUUUUAUGGCUCCAACCCUCAGGAGUCCCCCAACUUUGGCCGCAUCGUGGGGGACAAGCAGUUCCAGCGGCUGCAGGAGAUGCUCGACAGCGGGCAAGUGGUCAUCGGAGGAGAGACGGACGAGGCCCAGCGCUAUAUCGCUCCCACGGUGCUGGUGGACGUGCAGCCCUCUGACCCUAUCAUGCAGGAGGAGAUCUUUGGCCCCAUCCUGCCCAUUAUCACCGUGGCCAACGUGGACGAAGCCAUUGACUUCAUCAAUAGCCGCGAGCGGCCGCUGGUUGUGUAUGCCUUCUCCUCCAACAGCAAGGUGGUCAACCAGGUCCUGGAGAGGACCAGCAGCGGUGGCUUCUGUGGCAACGACACCCUGAUGCACGUGACGUUGACUUCACUGCCCUUUGGUGGCAUCGGGAGCAGCGGGCUGGGAAUGUACCACGGCAAGUUCACCUUCGAUACCUUCAGCCACCACCGGGGCUGCCUGCACCGCAACUUGGGCCUGGAGGCCUUCAACGCCCUGCGCUACCCACCCUACACCCAGCAGAAGCUGGGGAUGGUCCGGGCCGCCUCGGAGGUGAAGCGCAAGGGUGGCUGCACCCUGCUCUGAGGGGCUCCUGCCACCCGUCAUGGUGGCCACAUGCAAUGAAAGGUGGUUCCUUGCAA